GCUGUUCAGCUGUGUGUAGUCAUCUCUGCUCCUCGGCGAGAGAGUUGGAGUGAAGCGUUACUGAAUUGGUAAGUCUAGAAGUAGGUUUCAUAUGUUGUGUUUUAUAACGAUGCAUAUUAUAUUCAGAUUUAUGAAAUUAAUACUACCGUCCCUAUGAACAUGAAUUUAGCAACUAUAUUACCGGUGACAUUCAUUUUGCGAAUUAUGUGUCGCAAGCUAACGUUAGCCUAGCAGCCCUCUUUGUUCAGAACAGAAGACUUCCUCAGCUCGAACCACAAGCAAGGCAGCAUGCUAGUUACCUUACGUUAUAUUAUGGAGAAAAAUAUUUAUAUAUAGGUACGUGGCUAGGAAUUGAAAGCAAAUGCAUGAUUUUGUCCAUCGUUCAUAUGUUUUUAGAUUGCCUACGUAGUUAUGCCUAUGGCUUCAGUGAAAGUGCUAGUCAACCUUAGUUAGCUAGAUAACGUUAGCGACAAUGCGAGGACACGACCAUCUUGGCUAGCCACGCUAGUUAGUUCAUCUCAUGAAACGUUAUCUAGCUGGCUAUUUAUCACAAUAUCAUGGCGAUCACCUAUGGCAUUUACAUGUAACUGUCUAGCUAGACCCACAUAUAGUUAACUGUCUAAUCGUGGUGUGAGUAGUGCAGGGGGCAUUUUCCAUACUGGCGCACUGAAUUGAGGCUUGAAAUUAAAAUGGCGUCUGAAAUGAUUCUCUUAGCCAGCAGAUCCUACCCACUUGGUUACAGCUGCACUAGGGUCAGACAGCCUUCCAGUGUAGAUUAAGACACCACAGAGCCUGCGCAAGACAUUGCUCGGAAAACUAGGGAUCAGACAUGUGUAUGCCGAAUUGUCGCAUUAUUGAACAAAGGGUAGAUUUUCCAGAAAACUUACAUUUUCUUCCUCAUGCUAGGUAGCGUAAGCAACAGCAGCCAUUUUGGGAUAUCAGUGUCAGCCAAUCGGCUCCUUUGUUGUUCAACGUGACAUACCAUUCCAUAAUGGCUACUGCUAGCUAGCAUGAGGACAAACAUCAGUUUACUUAAAAUCAAGCAGUCAUUCAAUCUUCUUGGUUUAACAGUUGGGAUAAUGGGACAAUUUGGAGUACAACGAGUUAUCAUCCCUGGAUUGAGGUAUGUUUUCCCAAGCCAUAUCUCGGGCCGGGCCCGCAGUGUCUUAAUCUACACAGGAAGCCUGUCCGACCCUAGUGCCACUGUAAGCAAGCGGGUCGGAUCUACUGGCUAGGCCCUGGGUAGACAAUAGUCUGAUUAAUCAGGCAGUAAUACACACUUAAUUGGUGUAUAUACAGCCUGAUACAUUUCUGUGCAAAACCAAGUGUUCCUUACAAGCCAGAAUGUUUAGUACAUUUAGUCUACAUUUAAACUUUACCGCUUGUCUGUGUGCUUUGUCCUUCAGCUGCUUGAAAUUUGAAACAAUAUCAACAGGAAAGUAUUGUUUACCCAACUUUUUAGAGAGCUGUAGGUAUAUGGUAUGUUCAGCACCUAUGUAAAGUUAGUUUUAUAUUUGUUAUUUGGUUUGCUGUCGUCAACAGGGUUCGCACAAGGUGCUUGAGGUACUUGAACUUGAAGUACUGCAAUACCUUCAAAAUCAGACAUUUUCUCAAGUUGGUACUUGAAAAGUACUUGAAUUAAAAUGAGAGGAGAACAACAAAUUAUCAAAUAUGUUUAUGAAAAACCAAAAUGGCAGGAACAUUUCGAUUCAUUCCUGCCUUUUGUGCGUAUGGAACAUUUCUGGGAUCUUUUAUUUCAGUUCAUGAAACAUGGGACCAACACUUUACAUGUUGCGUUUUUAUAUUUUUGUUCAUUGUAGUUUACCCACCUUUUUUUUACCACUACAUCACUGGACCCAAACCAACCCAUACUGUGUAAAGUGCAUAAAAUGCAUCAGACUUUGACGUUGUGAGCAUGGGGGAAUCAGCCCUGAAGAGCCACAUGAAGGCAGAAAGACACAAUGCUGCAUCCUGCGCUGGCGCCAGUUCUACGUGGACUUUUCCCUCUGCAGCAACCUCCAGAGCUUUUUUGACACUCGCCUCAUUCACGGGGCACCAUUCUGGUGGCCGUUCACAUACCGUUUUCCUCACACAGCCCUCCUGACCAACGACACAAAAGCUGCCAGUCAAUAGCUACAAAAAAGUGUCUUGCUUCUAAUUAGUAGAUUCCCAAAUGCCCAAUGAAAAUACAAUACAGCCAUUAAGUUGGAAUUGUGUAGUAAAUUAUGCCAAUAGGAAAUGUGUGUUCACCAGUAGGCAUGUCCCAAAACUCUGCUCAUCGCUACUCAAGUUACUUCAGUACUCACUUACCACUCAUGUAUGUAGUGAAACAACAUUGAGUAGAACUUGUAAGGUAGUGAUGAAUAGUAAGUUGUUUUUUUCAUGAGGUUGUGGCGAGAUACUACAAUCUGGUGGCGACAAGAAACAAUUGCAUAAUAGGAACUAUUACAGAUUGAGGGUCCUUGAAAAUAAAAUUAGUACUUGAAAGUCCUUGAAUUUGACUUUCCGCUGUCUGUACGAACCCUGUAUCAAUAGCUAUUGAACCAAGCAUGCCAUGAAAAUGGUAUAUGCUGAAUCGGGGGAGGAUGGAAAACAAUCACAACCUUUUUGUGAGAAUUUUAUAUUUGUUUUUAUUCUGAUCUCUAAUAAAUCCAAAAUGUCCCAGUCUGUUUCUGCCAUAGCUUCCCUAGUAAUGUAAUAAGUGCCAGAAUAGUAUGAUAAUGGCAGCCAUUUUGGUCAGGGAGAAAUCCAAACCAGUAAGUUCUCAGUACCGUUGUCUUCUUUACUCCCAUCGCUAGUUGUAGGGGGAAUGUUUGAAUUUAGAAAAUGUUCCUUAAAUUAAAUCCAUUGUUGCUCCAUGAGAUAAUCCAAUAAUGUAUACGCCGCCAUUUUAGAGUAUCUUUGUCUUCUGUCAUUGAUCAAAGCAGGCGAGUGUCAUUCAAAGCAACACUUUAUUUCCUAGUCGCUCAUAUGACGUGCAGAACUUUUUGGUGGACACCCACCUGUCUUGAACAAUGAGAAACAAAAAUAGUCUACGGUGGCGGCGUAUACAUUAUUGGAUUACCUCACUGAGCAAAAAUUAACUUCAUUUAAUAACGGCACAUUUUCUCAAUUCAAAUUUUUCUCCUGCAACUAGAGAUGGGUUUGGAGAAGACUAUGGUAAGUUGAGAAUUGAGGAUGUUAUCGCAGUAUAAAGGUUAGUUGAAAAAUUGCUCCUGGCGCUUUUCACAAGCUAAGGUGUAACGGCUGUAUGGAAGCAUUCACAUAUCGCCGCCGUUACAAUGUGUGGCUAGUUUCCUGAAUGGAGGGAUUUAACACUUGAUAGAAAUUGUCAGUUUGGUUGUGUGCAUUGGAUGACUUCUCAGCCAGGUUUGCUGUCAGAACUGAGCGGGUCAAGCCGUGGUGGACUGCCAGUUUCUAAUUAGUGUCAACUGCAAUGAACCAUUCUUAGAUUUUAACUGCAGGGCAUUCGUGUUAAAUCAAUUCAGGCUUUGGGACUGCAUGUACAGCAGGUCUGUCUGGUUACUGAUAUGCUUUACCACAUCAUUCCGAACUGUACGCUGGCUCUGAAAUGUUCAUUUCACACUCACGGCUGACUGAAGAAGCAUGUUUUUAGGUCGGCAUUGCUCUCCGUGAGUCAUACUGGUAUACAGGGGCAGUAGCCCAAUGUAUCUUCCUUGGUAAAGCUAUGUUUUAGUUACUAACAUAUCUGCUCCUGUAGAACUGAUUCAUAAUCAAACUGAGUGAAUCAGUGUUAUGAAAGUAGGUUUUGUUGAUGCCCCGAAGGAUUGUGCUACAGUUGUGUCCUUGCUCUGGCACUGCUUCAGCCCUGGUCCAACUUUUCCUAUCUUUAUUUUUGGGAGGAGGAAUGUGACUGGUGUCCUGCUUAUCAUCUGUAGGCCUACUUUCGUCCCAAACUGAGACAAGUUGACAAUGAUGAAGCUGCCCAUUGAAAUCAGCAAUAUUGAUAUUGGAUCACUUUUGGCGCUGAGUUUUAUACAGUGAGGCUCAACAUGGGAGAAAGAUUUUGACGCAGAGGCGCAACCAUGUCCAAAAACAAUGCUCAUUGUCAUACCCCCCCCCCCCCCCUUUUUUUUUUUUUUAGAGCCUACCGAACACAACCCAAGUUUGCAACAGGCUGCAGUAAGAACAACCUUGUUGCUGCUGGAUCAGCACAUUCAGCCUAUGGGCAAUUCCAUUGUAUUGGAGUUAUGCUGAGACUCCUACUGUGUAAAUUGUUUAAAGCAGUCAUUGUGCAUAGGCUGGUUUGUAAAACUUGGUUUGUAAAACUUAGAAAUCAAUGGUGUUUGUUUGGUAUACAUUUUAAAGUGAAAAAUCAGUCUCCGUGUGAUUCAGGAUAACAACCUCUCCCUCAACGUGAUCAAGACAAAUGAGAUGAUUGUGGACUACAGAUAAAAAAAAGAGGACUGAGCACGCCCCCAUUAUCAUCGACGGGGCUGUAGUGGAACAGGUUGAGAGCUUCAAGUUCCUUGGUGUCCACAUCACCAACAAACUUAUCAUGGUCCAAACACACCAAGACAGUCGUGAAGAGGGCAUGACAAAGCCUAUUCCCCCUCAGGAGACUGAAAAGAUUUGGCACAGGUCCUCAGAUCCUCAAAAAGUUAUACAGCUGCACCAUCGAGAGCAUCCUAACUGGUUGCAUCACCGCCUGGUAUGGCAACUGCUCGGCCUCCGACCACAAGGCACUACAGAGGGUAGUUCGUACGGCCCAGUACAUCACUGGGGCCAAGCUUCCUGCCAUCCAGGACCUCUAUACCAGGCGGUCAGAGGAAGGCCAGAGGAAGGCCCUAAAACCAGAGGAAGACCUCUAUACCAACAGUCAGAGGAAGGCCCUAAAAAUUGUCAGACUCCAGCCACCCUAGUCAUAGACUGUUCUCUCUGCUACCGCACGGCAAGCGGUACCAGAGCGCCAAGUCUAGGUCCAAAAGGCUUCUUAACAGCUUCUACCCCCAAGCCAUAAGACUCCUGAAUAGCUAAUCAUGGCUACCCGGACUAUUUGCAUUGCCCCCCCCACCCCACCCCAACCCCCUCUUUUACGCUGCUGCUACUCUGUUUAUUAUUUAUGCAUAGUCACUUUAACUCUACCCACGUGUACAUAUUACCUCGACUAACCGGUGCCCCCGCACAUUGAUUCUGUACCGGUACCCACUGUAUAUAACCUCCCUACUGUUAUUUUAUUUUACUGCUGCUCUUUAAUUAUUUGCUAUUAAAAAAAAAUCUUAAACUGCAUUGUUGGUUAAGGGCUUGUAAGUAAGCAUUUCACUGUAAUGUCUACACCUGUUGUAUUCGGCGCAUGUGGCAAAUAGAAUUUCAUUUGAUUCCGUUAGCUUGGAAUUUCCCCUCUUGUCAUGCAAAGCCACCCUUCACUUUAGUAAGGAGCAUCCUUAGGUAUUUCUUUGAACAGACCAAUGUUCUGUUACCCUUAAAUACCAUGUUUUUAUAUUAUCAAAAAUCACGUCUGCUGUUCCAGGGAAAUCUGGCAUUUUAUUGCUUUGCUCACUUUUAAACGUGUCCCUUUGUUCUCAGCAGAACCAAGGAGCAGUGUUGGUGUUCUGUCUCAGGAAGACCUGUCCUUGUAUCACUGCCAUAUACACACGAUUCGAAGACUCCAAAGCAACUAUGGUACCUCUUUUCUUAUACACUCAUUUUAAGGAACGUUUAGGCUGUUUUGUGCAAUCAGUUUCUAUUUGGUAGUGAACAUGGAGCACUUUAAUUUUACUAGCCUCACCACUAUAAUCAUUUGCCUCUGCAAACAAUCAGCUGUAUUUGUCUGACACAAAUAAUCUUCUAAAUCAAUUAUAAGUUAACAAGGACACGGCGGCAUUAAAUAAUUGCAAAGCUGUAGCGCCAUACAAGUAGACCUAAAAAAAAUCAUUUCCAUCAAAUGUCAAUUGUAAGGGUAAUUCAGGUUGCUGCCAGACAGAACUGCCUUGGGUAUUUGGAACACAUGCUCCUGCUUACACUUGAUUGCGCUCCUCUAAUUGGGCACAGCUCUCACCCAGCAGUAGUCCCCAGAUACUUAUGUAAGGACAGUGAAAGCUGACUAAGGGAAAUAAUCCUUGUUAGUCAUUACUGUAUUUUGAGAAUUACAGUGGGGUGAAGGUUAUCACAUUAUGACUGUUUCUUCCUAUCAAAGCCUCUUACUGACUAUAAUUGUGACCUGCUGAAGUCAAUUCCUUAAAAUAACUCUCCUCUGUUCCCGUCCAGCCUCCUCCCCUGCGCCACCGCUCCAUGCGUAUCUUCAUGAACGACGACCGCCACGUGAUGGCCAAGCACUCCGCUGUGUACCCCACACAGGAGGAGCUGGAGGGUGUGCAGAACAUGGUGUCCCACACGGAGCGCGCCCUCAAGGCUGUCUCCGACUGGCUGGAUGAGCAGGAGAAGGUGGUCAAGUCUGAGCCAGACGGAACAGAGUCCGAUAAAGAAAGGUAAUGGAGGGGGAAAUUGUAUUCCAAAUGGUGCAUGGUGUACAAAAUGUCAGUUGCACCAUCAUGGCUGGGGUGUUGUUGGUGAAGGCAGCAUCACUUUCAGCUUUGAGUUUCAAAAGUAAUUGACCUGAGUACCCAUGUCUCCUCUCCUUUGUCAGUGAGCCCAAGGCGUCGGAGCAGGCCACACGGUCCCUGCGUGGGGUGAUGAGGGUGGGCCUGGUGGCCAAGGGCCUGCUGCUGAAGGGGGACCUGGACCUGGAGCUGGUGCUUCUGUGUAAGGACAAGCCCACCAUCACCCUGCUGAAGAACGUGGCAGACAACCUGGCUGUGCAACUCAAGGUGAGUCCAUUCACCUACUGGUGUUUUCUGUGUAUUAAUAUUCAGAGUUGGCUUUGUGAAGUUGAAUUGAUUAUUUUAAUAUUAUAUUCUCCUGCAUCAUUUCUGUUGUGGGGUGAUUAAUGAGUUUGGGAGGAAUAGUCACAACUGAAUUCAGUGGCAAAUAGUUAUUUUUUUAUACUUGGGUGUACAUGACCUUGUCUGCUUGGCGGGAUAGCCACAACAUGGCUAUUGUAUUAACAAUCCCUCCUGUUCUACCUGGCAGACCAUCACAGAGGACAAGUAUGAGGUCACUCAGGUCAUCCGUGAAGCCACCAUCGUGAUCAAGAGCACCAAGGAGCCUCCCCUGACCCUGACUAUCAACAUGACGUCCCCCCUGGUCCGCGAGGAGGUGGAGAAACAGGCUGCCGGAGGUAGGCUGCCACACAGGGGCAGAAGGUUCACUAGCGCCCCCUUAGGCAGGGAGACUAAAUAGGCAGGCAGCCAGUCUAGACAGAUAUUGUUUAUUGGGCCUUCAAUGGAGCUAGGGGAUGUGAGGGAACUGUCAUGUAAUGAAAACAUGCUAUGUUUAUAGCUCUUUAGACUCUCGUAGUUCCAUGUAAUGUGAUGUACAUUUUUGAUGGCCCAAUACACAGUAUAGAAAGGUUUUCUAUUCCCUAUGGAGUCCAGACAUGAACUAUAUGAAGGCUUACUGAGAAUAACAAAAAACAAACACCACUUUGUUUGCAUGUUUUCUACUGAACAAUGAUGAACGGUUUGCAUUGCAGCAAAAAUGAGUUGCAAAGUGUUGUCAACUGUUCUGGUUACUAGACCCAGCAGUGUGCUAUUGACUGAUGUUCAUCAGCAGGGAGGACACGGGUUACAGAUAACGCCAGGGGCUUUUUGACUCUGCAUGGCUGAAUGUCACUUCACCCAGUCACAGUCAAAAUCAGGGGACAACUGUGAUCGCAGUCUUCGUAAAUCCAAUCCAUGGGGGUUGCUCUUUGGUUUGUCCGAAGCAGAGGGAGUCGUCAGUUCAAUAAUAAAUGCAAGAAAUGCCUACAGUGCCUUCUGUAAUUAUUGGCACAGUGAAGCAUUUUCUUCUUUUGGCUCUAUACUUCAGAAGUUUGGAUUUGAAAUCAAUGACCGUGAGGUAAAAGUGCAGACUGUCAGCUUUAAUUUGAGGAUAUUUUCAUCCAUAUCGGUGAACCAUUAAAAGUACAUCACUUUUUGUACAUAGUCCUCCCCCCCACACACACACACAUUUUAGGGGACCAAAAGUAUUGGGAGAAAUUCACUUGUGUAUUAAAGCAGUCAAAAGUUUAGUAUUUGGUCCCAUAUUCCUAGCACGCAAUGACUACAUCAAGCUUGUGACUUCUACAUUAAUGUGGAUGCUACCGUGAUUACGGAUAGUCCUGAAUGAAUCGUGAAUAAUUAUUUGAGAAGUUACUCACAUAUCAUACCACCCCAAAAAUGCUAACCUCCCCUGUUAUUGUAAGAGGUUAGCAUGUCUUAGAUGCGUAUAUAUCAUAUUCCCAACUUUCUCACUCAUCAUUAUUCACGAUUCAUUCAGGAUAAUCCGUAAUCAUGGUAGCAUCCACAUAAAUGUAGAAGUGUUUAGAAACGUAUUCUAUUAUUUACAAUAAAGGUUACUCCAAAAUGACACACUACAUUAUUUACAAAUAAUUUCUAUUGGGCACAAAAUAAUCUGAAACACAACCAAAACAAACAGCAAAUGCAUCCAACAAAUUUGUAGAGUCACAAGCUUGAUGUAGUCAUUGCAUGCUAUGAAUAUGGGACCAAAUACUAAACUUUUGACUGCUUUAAUAUACAUAUACACUGUAAGUGAAUUUGUCCCAAUACUUUCGCUCCGCUAAAAUGGAGGGACUAUGUACAAAAAGUGCUGUAAUUUCUAAACGGUUCACCUGAUAUAGAUGAAAAUACCCUCAAAUUAAAGCUGCACUUUAACCUCAUAGUCAUUGUUUGAUUUCAAAUCCAAACUUUUGGAGUGUAGAGCCAAAAGGAGACAAAAUGCUUCACUUUCCCAAUAAUUACGGAGGGCACUAUAUAUUAUGGGAAAGGGUAAUAGUCAGUGGCGGCCCAUGUUCCUCUCAGACGUUCUAAACAGGGAGUUGGAUGUACCCACCAGGCAUCAACCUAGCCUUAUCUAUAACUGUGUCAACAUUGAAGGCCAUCAGUUUUGCUGCAGUGUGGACUUGUUUUGAUAAUUUUGUGCAUCUGAUUCUCUCUGUCAAGCCUUCUAGUUUGUCAAUUUUUAGGGACGCUGGACCUUUGACCAACUGGACGCUCUCUGUCUCGGAAGGGGCUAAGCAGUACACCCAGUAAAGGGGUGAAGGGGAGGGGCUCUACCUCUCAUUGUGAUAGCAAAGCACUCAGACUUCAUAACUGGACUGAGGCAUACGAGUUGACAUUGAGUUAACAUAAUGGAGACAACCUCCCUUUUGAUAAUUUACUCCCACUGUAAUCUUACAUCAUACACAUUUUUCUCCAUAUAGUCCUACCGGGAGUGAUCUUAAGAAAUCACCCACUUAACAGCAGUUUCUGAAGUGGGUUGAAGUUACAUGUCUUUAGUGUAAUUGCAGUUUCACUGGGAGGUUCAGACCAUUAGUUCUCCAGGUGGGGGGGUCCCCCUCCCCUUCCCCGUCCUGCCUGUGGUUUGGGAAAGCUGCCUGCUCCCCCUGGCCGUGUGACAGAACCCCCCUUGGUCAAACUGUACCUUGUCUUCUUAUUCCACCCGCCAAUAGAAACGCUAUCAGUCAACGAUCCCCCGGAUGUUCUGGACAGGCAGAAAUGCCUUACUGCCUUGGCGUCUCUUCGCCACGCCAAGUGGUUCCAGGUUUGCAUCUUGUCUUUAUUUGUCUUAAAGUAGUUGAGUUUUUUUCAUUUGACGCAGUUUCUUUCUUUGGUCGUUUUCUGUGUUUUUAUUUAGUUUUAAAUGUCCUUUCGAAGUGUAUCUAUCACCUGUAGUAGACUUCUUACUUUGUGGUUUUUAUAGCGUUUCCAAGGAAACCUUUGUCAUUACCUUGUAGAGCUGCUCUGCUGACUUAACAGGUUUGAUUGCAGUGUCAUUGAAAAUGUUCAAUGCUGCUUUUAGAAAGGACGUUCAACAAUCCCCUCAAAGCAACCAUUGUCUUAAUUUUGAUCACAGAUGUGGAACUAACUGGCUACACUCGGGUGCAAUAUUUCUCAAAUAUUAUCAGUCAAUCUAUCAAUCGACAACCCUUUUCUGUACCAUCAUAUUGUGUUGAGGUUGAUUCCUCGUUGUGGACUACGUUGAUUCUUAGUCAUCAUAGUGAACUGUCUCUCGCUCUUAACUGUAAGCGCUCCAUCUCUGCAGCCUGUUCUUGUAGAGUGUGUAGCCUCCAAUCCCCCAUGCUCUGGCUGUUUCAGCUUUCUGUGUGCCACAAAAAAGGAAUAUUGCACCUUAGUUAGAAAUUUACAUUCACUAGUCAGUCUUCUGGGGCCUCAUUUAUAAACAUUGCUUACGCACAAAAUAUGCCCCAAAACAUGCGUGCGCCAGUUUUUCGCGCCAAAGUUGGCAUUUAUAAAAACGGAACUCUGUGUGAGAAUGGGCAUAUUUCCUAUUUCAUUUACACGAUCAUUGCAGAAUAAAUUCACUUUUUCUGACAGUCGUGAUUUCAUAGGCUACUCGCGAAAUAGCCUAUAGGCCUACAACAAGUUAGUAUAGGCUACCAUUCUUCCCAUCUCUCAUUUAAUUGGACUUACGUCACAGUAGUAAAUAGAUAAGCUAUUUCAAGUAUUUGCUCUGUGAGCCAUUCCAAAGCGCAGUUUAACUGUAGAACAGACUCUUCACCUUUUCAUUGACGUUUGUAUGCUUACGUCUGAAUAUUGUUAUAUUUCAUUUAGAAGCAUAAUACAUAUAUCAUAACCAUUGCAUUAUACGUUUCUCAACGUUUCUGGCCAUGUUAAGAUGGUUGAGUUCAUAUUCCUGAAGUAGCCAUACAACAAAUUACCAUGCCACAUCUCUCAUUUAAUUGGGCCUAUUAGAUGGGCUAUUAUGUCAAGUUUUUGCUCUACACAUCCAACAGGAGAAUUUAACAGGUGAACAGACAGUUGAUCUUUUGCAUUGAAGUUUGUAGGCUACCACUAUAAGUAGGCCUGUUUUAAUUUUUUUCCAGAGUAGACAUUGUUUCAGAAUUCGCGGGCAGUGCUACAUAUUUAGGUUUGGAAAAAGUCAAUGCAAAACAUUAUUGCAUUCAAACUAUCUGUUUACAGGUCCACAACAAUUUGCAAUUGUUUUUGACUUUCAGAAACGGUCAGAUACAGCAAAUGUCCCUGCAAAAGAAAACAUUCUGCCAACACCAAAGACAUUUGAUCAAGUUCGCUAUUGCUAUUCCCUUUAGAUACUGUCUUGGCCUAAUUCCAAUACUAGUAUACAGCAUAUAAGGGCGUUAUUGUCGGGCGUUUUUCAGGUGGAGUUAUACUGCUUGUUCACGCCGGUUAACGCACACACUUUUUUUUUAUGACCGGUGUGAUUUAUAACGGGGAAAAUGCAUAUGUUUUGGUGUGCGGCAAGUUUGUACAAAUCAAUAUUUUUGUGCGUGCGCAGUCUUUUCAGAAAUGGUGCAGAUAUUUAGUGUUACAUUUACGCAACGGUUAUAAAUGAGGCCCCUGGUGUACCCCAUACAAUAACCCUUAGAGCUGCUGUAAGGUAUCACCACUCAUUAAACUAAACAGAUAGUCAAAAACUGUCCUUGUCCUACAUUUUUCCAUUUCAGCAUUUGGCUUUACAUUGACUCCCCUUCUCCCUCUAAUCAUUUAUCAGAAUCACAAGUUGAGACAUUUGAUACGGAGCUGCAAGAAGCACAAUUGCUCAACAAUCACCACUCUGACAUCUGUUAUGCCUAUUACUGUACCACUGAUCAAAUCUGCUUUCUACUUCACACAAAUGGAGUUGUAUAUUAAAUUCAAUAACCACAUCUGCAGACAGAACAAAUAUCAGAUUCAUGCUGCACUCUUCCCAUACUGUACCACAAUAAUGACAAAGCAGAGCCGUUAGUCUGUGUGGCUUUUUGAUGUAGCUGCUUCUUUGUGUUUUCGUGAGUUCUUGUUUGACUAAGGCUCCCUCUCCCUCCUCCCCCUCCCUGCUUGUGUCUCCAGGCCAGGGCCAAUGGGCUGAGGUCCUGCGUCAUCGUCAUCCGCAUCCUGAGGGACCUGUGCUCCCGCGUCCCCACUUGGGCCCCACUGCAUGGAUGGGUGAGUCACCAGCAGCAUUGUCUGCCAGCUGGUUCUUCUAUCGCCCCCUGACUCCUGACGAUUGGUUUGAGAAAUGUCAUCGUAAGAUAGGAAUUUAUUUAAGGGGCUUUGUACAUCAAACUGCAUCGAUUUCUUAAUUACAGCUCGUUUUAGCCUUUUUAUCCAAUUUGCCAAACAUCCGGACAAAAUUAAACCAUUAACAUUUCUUCCCUUCACCCUUUAUAGCCAAUAGAGCUGCUGUGUGAGAAGGCAAUUGGCACAGGGAACCGGCCAAUGGGGGCAGGAGAGGCUCUGCGAAGAGUUUUGGAGUGUCUGGCUUCUGGAAUCCUGAUGGCUGGUGAGUAGUCUCAAAGAGCAGAGACGACAUGCCCUUCCACCUUUGUCCCUCUGCUUAAUAUAGUAGUAAUUCCACAUCACAAGCCAAAAGAUGUCAUCAUUUGCCUGUUUGUUUUUAGAUGGUGCUGGGAUCUGUGAUCCAUGUGAGAAGGAGCUGACCGAUGCUAUUGGCCACCUGGACCUCCAGCAGAGGGAGGACCUCACACAGAGUGCACAGGUGAGUCACGUCUACACCCACGACAGGGUGUGAAUAUGGUGGCUGUUCGCAGCAGUGAAUGGAAAAAAUCACCACCUGUUUCUGUUUUCAGCAUGCCUUAAGGCUGUCUGCCUUUGGACAGCUUCACAAAGUGCUAGGGAUGGACCCCCUUCCCUCCAAAAUGCCCCGGAAACCCAGGAGCGAGACCCCCAUUGACUACACAGGUAGGCCAGGCUGCAGACAUGUGCAUACCAUUUAGUGUCCAUAUUUUGGAGAGGCUAAGCAGUCCCUGUGUUUUUGUUGCAGUCCAAAUCCCCCCCAGUACAACCUACGCCCCACCAAUGAAGAGGCCCAUCGAGGAGGAGGAAGGAGGGGAUGACAAAAGCCCAAACAAGAAGAAAAAGAAGCUACAAAAGAAAUGUAGGUGUUGCUGACUAAGUUCUUCCUGUUCAGCACAGUUCUUCAGUGUUGGCAUGCAAAUUCGACUACUCUGUUUAAUUUCCCCCUUGGCUUGAUCAAAACAAUUUAUUAAAACAUUUAGUAAGUGGCCAGUGUUUUUAAUCCUAAUAUUCACUCCCCCCAGCCCCAGAUGAGAAGUCGGAGCCUCCCCAGGCCAUGAAUGCUCUGAUGCGGCUGAACCAGCUGAAGCCUGGCCUGCAGUAUAAACUCCUCUCCCAGACUGGCCCGGUGCACGUACCAGUCUUCACCAUGGCUGUGGAGGUGGACGGCAAGAGCUUUGAAGCCUCAGGCCCAUCCAAACGCACUGCUAAGCUUCACGUUGCUGUCAAGGUGAGUGGGUGUAUAGGGUAAAUGGUAUAGAUGUUCUAAGCGUUUGGUGUUUUGUCAUGAAAUUGGAAGAUUUAAACUAUUGUCUGCUGCGCUUCACAUAUUUACCUUUCCAAUCUUCUGCCUGGCCCAAUCAUAGGUCCUCCAGGACAUGGGCCUCCCAACAGGUGUGGAGCUGAAGACUGCUGAGCCAGUGAAGACUGAGGAGGUGGCAAAGGCCAUUGUGGAGGACGUGAAACCCUGCAUCACUCCCAUCGCGAUGGACACCGCAGCCACAGGGGCAGACAGCGUAGAGGCCACAGACGGUGCAGAGGUAUGGGUCCUCACUUUGAGUAGAACUCAACACAAUGUUUUUGGACAUGAGGCUCGGUUUUGAUUCUAGUUUCUUGUUUUGGUCUUGUUUGCAGAGAAAUUAAAAUGUCUGUCUCUCUUUGUCUUAGAGUGCUCGUCAACAGGGACCAAUCCUGACAAAACAUGGGAAGAACCCUGUGAUGGAGCUGAAUGAGAAGCGACGCGGCCUCAAGUAUGAGCUCAUCUCAGAGACCGGAGGCAGCCACGAUAAACGCUUCGUCAUGGAGGUAAGUGUCUCAGGAGUGGAAGAAGUGCCCAUCCACCCUGCAACCAGACUGAUGCCUUUUAGGAUCUAUCCAGCUGCUUCAAUGAACGGAGAAGUUCACUUUAUAUGGACCAAAUCUAAAUUGUAUGUACAUUUUAUAGAGGUGUCUAGAUACUUUUUUUUGUUUGUUGCGAUUACACUUGGUUUUGAGAAACGUACCCCUGCAUCACUAUACUGAGAGCUUUGUUGUUUCUAAAAAUACAUUUGGGUGUUUUUGGAGCUUUGUUCAUGUUUAUCUGUGGCCCCCAUACUGCAGAACGAGCAACAAGGAAGUCUAUUGGUGGGGUACGUUUCUCAAAACAAAGUGAAAUCCAUAAAAAAACUUUAUGGACACUAACAAAUAAAGUGAACUUCUCCUUUUUAAACAUUGACAACAACAAAAUGAGCUUGGCUUUGACACACAUUCUUGGUCCCAUGCUUUAUCCUGUUCUUGUCUGAGUCUGUGUAUUGACCUGUCUUGUCCCCUGUUCCAGGUGGAGAUAGACGAACAGAAGUUCCAAGGGACAGGCUCCAAUAAGAAGGUGGCCAAGGCCUACGCUGCCUUGGCAGCCCUGGACAAACUCUUCCCAGAGGGCUCUGUGACUGAGGCAGCCAAGAAGAAGAAACUCCCAAUGGUAAGAUUGCCCUAUGCCUUACUGUAAAUCUUUGCUUGCUAUUGUUUGUCAAAUAUAUUAACUGAGUAAUGAUGGUUUGCUGCUGACCAGUCGGUCCAUUCAGUCUUCUCGUGUUUUCUCCAACAGCAUGGGUUUGGCAUGAUGGGUGACCCGACUGGUGACCCGGUAGCCACUCCCAGGGGCAGAGGUAGAGGGGCGUGGCAGGGGGAGGGGCCGAGGGUUCAAUAAUGGUGGCGGCUAUGGUCAAGGUAAAACAGCUAAAUUCUACCUACAGUGCCUUCAGAAAAGAUUCCCACCCCUUUACUUUUUCCACAUUUUGUUGUUACAGUCUGAAUUUAAAAUUGAUUCAAUUUAUAUUUUGUCACUGGCCUACACACAAUACCCCAUAAUGUCAAAUUUUUGAAUGACUACCCCACACAUAAAAUUAUUUGUUAGGUUCCUCAGUUGAGCAGUGAAUUUCAAACACUGAUUCAAACACAAAGACCAGGGAGAUUUUCCAAUGUCUCGCAGAGAAUGCCACCUAUUGGUAGAUGAGUUAAAAUAAAAUAAAAAGCAGACAUUUAAUAUUCCUUUGAGCAUGGUGAAGUUAUUAAUUACACUUUGGAUGGUGUAUCAAUAAACCCAGUCACUACAAAGAUAGGCGUCCUUCUGAACUCUGUUGCCAGAGAGGAAGGAAACCACUCAGGGAUUUCACCAUGCGGCCAAUGGUGACUUUAAAACAGUUACAGCUUAAUGACUGUGAUAGGAGAAAACUGAGGAUGGAUCAACAACAUUGUAGUUACUCCACAACACUAACCUAAUUGACAGUGAAAAGAAGGAAGCCUGUACAGAAUAGAAAAUAUUCCAAAACAUGCAUCCUUUUUGCAACAAGGCACUAAACUAAUACUGCAAAAAAGUGACAAAGCAAUUCACUUUUUGUCCUGACUAAAGUGUUAUGUUUGGGACAAAUCCAAUACAACACAAUACGGAGUACCACUCCAUAUUUUCAAGCAUAGAGGUGGCUGCAUCAUGUUACGGAUAUUCUUGUAAUCGUUAAGGACUGGGGAGUUUUUCAGGUUAAAAAAUAAACUGAGUGGAGUGAAGUACUGACAAAAUCCUAAAGGAAAACCUGGUUGUCUGCUUUCCACAGACACUGGGAGACAAUAGCAGGACAAUGACCUAAAACACAAGGCCAGAUAUACACUGGAGUUGCUUACCAAGAAGACAUUGAAUGUUCCUGAGUUGCCUAGUUACAGAUUUGACUUAAAUCGGCUUAAAAAUCUAUGGCAAGACUUUAAAGUGUCUGUCUAGCAAUGACUAACAAAUGACCAACAACCAACUUGAGAGCUUCAAGAAUUUAAAAUAAUGCAAAUAUUGUACAAUCCAGGUGUGCAAAGCUCUUAGACUUACCCAGAAAGACUCACAGCUAAACGCUGCCAAAGGUGAUUCUAACAUGUAUUGACUUGGGUGUGAAUACUUAUGUAAAUGAGAUUUCUGUAUUUCAUUUUUUUAUGUGCAUAAACAUGUUUUCUCUUCGUCAUUAUGGAUUAUUGUGUGUAGACUGUCAGGAAAACAAAUACAGUUAAUCCAGUUUGAAUUCAGGCUCUAAUACAAUAAAAUGUGGACUAAGUCAUGGGGUAUGAAUUACUUUCUGAAGGCACUGUACAUGUCAUUAUAGUUUAUAUUAAUGUGUAUUCUGUCCCUGAAUUUACUUGAAAUACCUGUAAAUGCUGUUCUUCAAUAUAUUAAAUGGUAGGCAACAUCUCACGUCAGCUAAGAUGUAAUGGUUGGUUUGUUUAACUCCUCAGGUGGCUAUGGAAGUUAUGGAUAUGGGAACAAUGGAAACUCUGGAGGCUAUAGUGAGUAUUGAUUUUCCCUUAUACUUAUCUUCCAAUCCAUGGAAUAGUCUUGCGACUCCUAGUCUUUGGUUUUUAUUUGAUAUGUCCACCUUUAUAAUGAGGACACUACAAGAGGGGUUCUCACUCUACUCGCGUUGUAAAUAUUAGCAGAAGUUCAGUGUGGUUUGAUCAGAGCACAACAUGCUCAGCCAUCUUGGAGGAGAGUUAGUGGCAUACAUCGUGGUCCUUUGUAGCUCAGCUGGUAGAGCACGGUGCUUGUAACGGCAGGGUAGUGGGUUUGAUCCCCGGGACCACCCAUACGUACAAAUGUAUGCACGCGUGACUAAGUCGCUUUGGAUAAAAGCGUCUGCUAAAUGGCAUAUUAUAUUAUUAUUAUUAUCUGGAGGUUCCCAACAAUACAAGACCUGGAAAAGUUAUUUUUUAAAUAUUUUUGUAUCUAUACUCAAAGUAUAUUAUUUGUGUUUUGUUUGUCAUUGAAUGUCAUCUAAACAAACUACCUAAGAAGGAACCUGAGUGCUCUUAUUCAUUUUACAUUUUAGUCAUUUAGCAGACGCUCUUAUCCAGAGCAACUUAGUGAGUGCAUACUUUUUUUUCAUACUUUUUUUAUUCCUGGUUCGAUUAUGAUUUUACAUUUCUCUGCUUUGUUAAGCCACAGGACUCAAUCAAUCACUUUUUGACCCCCCCCCCCCAUAUGAGAGACCCCCUCCUACCAGCAGCCUGUUCUGAGGAAACACCUUCUUGAGCGUGACAGGAGCAGAGAAAUCUAAAAGUCCAACAAACAAAAAAGCUGUUUUGAAAACAAUUUGACCAAGUCAUUGACACAUGCCACUUUUUAUGGCAAAAAACAAACCAAUCUAAUUUUAUUUUUCCUUCUCUGCUCUGUCUCAUUCUUUAGGUGACUUUGUCUCAGACUGCUAUGGCUACCACGAGUUUGCGACAUAGAUCAUCCCAAUCUUUUAAAUCAAAACAAAAUGUAGAGAAAGAGGAGCAAACUAUAGUGUUCCCGCAACAUGAACUCCAAUCACGCCCCCGGAAAAAACGGUCCCCUUUGCUUACCCCCAACGACUCAUGUCCCAACGCCUAGAGAGAUGGGAGGCCAGUGAGUGCAUGUUGCCAUUGGUCACCUUCCAUCCCCUCUGCCAACCCUCGGACGUACCUGGACAACCGGAUAUGCCAAAAGCCACAGGCACACUUUCCCAAUAGACUGCCUUCCUUAGUGGAAUUGAGACCAGAUCAUUAUGGAGAACUGUGGUUGUCUGAUGGAUAAUGGCCCACCAUGAUGUCAUGCACAUUGGAGUGGGUCAGACUGUGGAGAUUGAUCCCAUUGUGGCCAUCCACAGAGUUCUGUCUCGAAUGUCUACUCACAAAAAAGUUAAAUUUCUUAUGAUGUGAACAGCCUUUUAUUUCAUUUUGUUGUCUGAAAAUGUAUUAUCAAUCAUCUCAUUGUCAGGCAGUUUUUUUUAUUUAGCAGUUUUUAUGGGAUCAUAAGGCUGCUUUGAAUAUGUGCAGUUUUUUUAUUCUAAUGGCAGAAUUGCUAAAUCAUGUCUAUUGAUGCAUGAUGGUUACAUGCUAGUCUUACCUUGAAAAUGACAAUGUUCACAAUGCCCCUCAUUUACCUCACGUGAGGCUCCUUUAGGCAUGAAAGAACCACGGUGUUGUUGAUACCUGCACAAGACUAACUUUGACAUUCUGCAUUAUGAUUGUGAAGGAAAAAAUAUAAAGUCUUGUAUGUUUUUUUAAAAUAAAUAAAUGUGAUAUCCCAUACAAUAAUGUGGUACUACAAUUUUAGUGAAACACUUCACUUUCUUGAAAAUGCUAUGUAUUCAUCUUAGUGCCUUUACAAGCAUGGGUGUGACAGCAGUAGAAAUGUCUACAAACCCCCUCUUAAUCUAAUGCCUCUUGCUUUUAGAUUACUACAAUAGUGGAGCAAAUGGUGGAGCUGCAGCUGCUGGCACCGUUACUGAUGGCCCUGCGGCCAGCACUACAGGCGUGGCAGCUGCAGGAACCUACGGUUCAUACUACCAGAACGAUGGAGGCUACUCCACCCCUCCUCCAGCCCCCAAAGCCCCUGUCAAAAAGGAGGCCAAGUCACCCUUCCCUGGACCGCCAGGAGUUGGUGGGGGGGCCCAAGGGGCCUACCAGACCACCCCUGGCCAGAGUGCCUAUAACCAGUAUGGCCAGGGCUAUGGGCAAGGCAAUAAAACCUUCAAUCAAAACCAGGCAGGAGCAGGGGUUUAUCCUUACAGCACUGCCUACCCCAGCCAGGUGACGGGCAGCGCUGUUGCCAGCCAAGACUACAAUUACGAAGGUUAGAUGGAUUCUCGGCAAAGGGGAACACAAGUACACCGUAACCUAAGCUGUUUUAUCGACAGUUUCACUAAUCCACUUCCUCUUUUCCAUAGGUUACGGAAAUCAGUCAAAUUACAACGCACAGGUAGGAGCCAACCAGAGCUAUGGUGCAAAUCCAGCUCCAUACCACAACCCAGUAGGAUACGGCAGGGGAGACCCCACCAUGAACUACCAGUACAGAUAGACUGAAUCCGCCCUCGGCAUACCCCCAUCUGAGCCCCACAGUACCACCCCACAACCCUGUCACAAGCCUUCUCCAAAGAAGCGUCCUAUGAUCCAUGGUUUUUCCAUGUCUGCGUGCAUUUUUUUUUUUUUUUUUACUUUAAAGUAAUAAACUGGAUUUAUUAGUUGGCAGCUCCUCAUGGCUGAAUCAAAUGGUCUAUUUCAUCAGUUUGGCCAGUGUUAAAUGUUGUAUUUUCUUUUCUUUGUAUGCACUCCACCAAUUCCCCCCACCAUCACCACCACCCCAAAAGAGGGAAUGGCACAGUUAUGAUUUUAUUUCUGUCCAUACGCAAACAGUUAACUAUGUUGACAUCUAGUUGUUUUUGGCUGAGAAUUUGUUAAAAUUUU